AUGUCAGACUUCGCGGGCGGCACAAACUUCAUCAUCCUCUCCAUCCUGACGCUGUCUCUCUCACCAACCCACACGGCCCGCCAGAUCCUUGCAUCCAUACUUCUCGCGCUCUGGGCCCUCCGCCUCUCGGGCUUCCUGCUCUUCCGCAUCCUCAAAACCGGCCACGACACUCGCUUCGACGACAAGCGCUCGCGCUUCUUCCCCUUCCUCGGCUUCUGGAUGUUUCAAGCCCUCUGGGUAUGGACCGUCAGCCUGCCCGUCACGAUCCUGAAUUCCCCACGCGUCACGUCUCACGGCCGCCAACCUGCAUUCGGCACGGCUGCGGAUAUCGUCGGAAUCAUCAUGUACGCCGUGGGCUUCCUGCUAGAAGCCGUCGCCGACGUGCAGAAGUACCGAUACCGAUCUCAAUCUCGCUCAUCAGUGCACGCCCCAUCGAGCAACAACACCGACAACGCCACCGCCCGCAACACCUGUGAUGUAGGCUUGUUCUCCUGGUCCCGACAUCCGAACUACUUUGGCGAGAUCGUCGUGCAAUUCGCCAUCUUCACGCUCGCCAUCUCGCCGAGCGCGUACGGGUAUAUCCCGUCGUACAGCGACGCGUCCGCGGCCCAGUACAGCACUAUCCUGGGCGCGGUCUUCCUCACGCUCUUGUUGCUUUUCGUCUCGGGCUUGACGCUGCAGGAACGGCCUGGCGCGAAGAAAAGGUUUGAAAAGGACGGGCCGGAUGGAGACACCUGGGUCCGGUAUAAGGACUGGUUGGAUCGGACGAGUAUACUGAUCCCAAUGCCGCCGGCUGUUUGGAGACGAUUGCCGACGGCGGUGAAGAGGACGGUGGGAUGUGAAUGGCCUAUCUAUGUGUUCAAGCCGGAGAGGGAGGCUGAUAUGAAGAGCGUGCAGAGAAGGACGGAGGAAGAAGGCAGGCAGAGGGUCGAGUCACAGCAUGGGUUGAAGAGUGGGAGCUAA